CCUCUGAUUUAAGGACAUGCAGGGUUCGGCCGCCGGCGGCGUCGUCGUCGUCUUUACUCCGCGUUUCCUGCAUGCCCGUGGUGUGCUACUGUGCUAGCGCGCUUCCUCCGUCCGCUCUGACGAUCCGCCGGAUCGGACGUGCAAAUCCUCCGAUCCGGUGCCCUGCGCAGCCGGCCGUAGGGAAACAUAUUUGAUCUUCUACAAACGUACAACAAAUAAGAAAUGGCCCCUCAAGAUGAUACAUUUCACACUCUUGAGGACAUGUUAUGUAAUAAAAUAGGAGAGCCAUUGAGUCUUAAGCAACACUUCUUGGAAACCAUCACAAAUAACUUCUCCAAGGACAACCUUAUUGGUUGUGGCGGAUAUGGGGAAGUUUACAAGGGAGUUCUUAAAGAUGGCCUUGUUGCAGUCAAGAAGUUACACUCAGCGCAUGCAAUUGAAGAUGAACCAUUUCAUCGUGAGGUUGAUUGUCUAAUGAAUAUUAGGCACCACAAUAUAGUCUUGUUUGUUGGGUACUGUGCUGAAACACAUGAAGAGGUUUUGCAUCAAAAAGGGAAAUAUAUUUUUGCAGAAAAACGAGAAAGGUUGCUUUGCUUCGAGUAUUUGCAUAAUGGAAGCCUUCACAAGCAUAUUACUGCUGGACCAUGUGGGCUUCCAUGGCGUGUUUGUUACCAAAUAAUAAAAGGAAUUUGUCUGGGCUUGCACUAUCUCCACGAGAAGCACAUAAUUCAUUUAGAUCUCAAGCCAGACAAUAUAUUGCUUGACGAUGGCAUGAUACCUAAAAUUGCAGAUUUUGGUUUGUCAAGGCUGUUGGGGGAAAAAAGCCGCACAAUCACACAACUAAGACUCGGAACACCGGGUUACAUGGCACCUGAGUAUAUAGAUGAUGGAGUGAUCACAAUCAAGUCAGACAUAUAUAGCUUGGGUGUGAUAAUCAGACACAUGAUGAUGGGACGUAACUCAGGAGAUACCACUGAUCAAGAUAUACUGGAGAGCUGGAUGAUUAGGCUGGAAAAGGAUUCAUCACAAAUGAGGCAGCAGACGCAAUUAUUGGAAAUAGGCUACAAAGAGCAAAUAAAAGCGUGCAUCGAGAUGUUACAUAGAUGCACGCGGCCUAAACCAAAGGACAGGCCAACGAUAGAGGAUAUCCUACUUACACUGGAGGAAACAGAAGCUAGGGUCAAAUUGGUCGCUGGGCCUACUUCAAAUACUGUUCAGCUUGAGCUUGCCAAAUUUGGGCCAUGGGGUGGAGAUGGAGGGAAGCCACGAGACAUCAAAAUGGUGCCUUACCUCUUGGACAACAUAACAAUUAGCAGUGGAACUAUUAUCGAUUCUAUUGGGUUUUCAUACACUGACCACUAUGGACAGUACCACACUAUAGGGCCUUGGGGUGGUAAGGAGGGUAAGAAUAAGAUUCAACUAGGUCCUUCAGAGUUUCUUACAGGAGUAUCUGGAACAAUCGGUCCAUUCAAAAGUCUAAUAAACGUUAUAACAUCACUUACGUUUGUCACCAAUACUCGUAGUUAUGGACCAUUUGGAAAAGGCCGAGGAACACAAUUCCACAUUCAAAUGCAAAACAAUGGCAGGGUUAUUGGUUUCUUUGGUCGUUCCAACCAAUAUCUCAAUGCGAUUGGUGUCUACACAAACCAAAAUGCUAGAGUUGCAAGGAUUGGGCCUUCGGGUGGAGAUGGAGGGGUUCUUCAAGACAUCAUAGACCACAAUGGGCAGCAGCAUAGUGCAGGUCCAUCGGGAGAAUGUGGAGGUAGCGAUCAUAAGCCUGAUGUGUAUGCCAAAUUUGGCCCAUGGGGUGGAGAUGGAGGAAAUCCACAGGACAUCAAAAUGCUACCCUACCGUUUAGAUACGGUUAAAAUUAGCAGUGGAGUUAUUAUCGAUUCAAUUGAGUUUACAUACACCGACCAUGAUGGCCAGUACCACACUAUAGGCCCUUGGGGCGGCCAUGGAGGAGACAAUAACUCUUUUCAGCUAGGGCCUUAGGAGUUUCUUAUAGGAGUAUCUGGAACCAUCGGUACAUUCAAUAGUCAAGUAAAGGUAAUAACGUCUCUUACAUUUGUCACCAACAACGCUCAUAGCUAUGGACCAUUUGGAAAAGGGAGAGGAACAUCUUUCCACAUUCCAAUGCAUGGCAAUGGCUGCAUUGUUGGUUUCUUUGGGCGCUCUGGACGAUAUCUCAAUGCAAUAGGUGUCUACGCAAAUCCUGAGUUUAAAUUAAUUAGGAAAGAAGAGGUUGAGGUUGCCAGGAUUGGACCUUGGGGCGGAGAUGGAAAUGUUCUUCAUGACAUCACAGAAAAACCAAAUCACCUGCAAAGAGUGACAAUUUUCAGUGGGACUAUCAUAAAUUCAAUUGAGUAUUUGUACAGUGACGACAAUGGGCAGCAGCACACUGCUGGUCCAUGGGGCGGCUGUGGAGGAAAUGGCCGAAAGAUUCAUCUUGACCCUGAAGAGUUCAUAGUGAAGGUUUCUGGAACAUUUCAUCCAUGUGCAUGGGACAAAUCCAUACCGAAUGUUGUAUCGUCUCUUACACUUGUCACCAACACAGGCAAAACACAUGGGCCUUUCGGAAAGCAGAUCGGAGCUGAUUUCCACGUUCCAAUGGGGAGCAACAGCAGGAUCGUUGGCUUCUUUGCCCACGGAGGCAAUUACAUCGAGGCAAUUGGUGCCUACGUUCGCACUCUGUAACCACAGCCUGUACACUGUAUUCUAUAUGAGUAUAUUGUUUCUCCAUGAUCAUCGGUAUCUUAUCUUCUUAGUUACGAAAGAGAGAGCCAAAAUGUAAGCAAUUAGCUGCUGUAUAGUAAAUACAUCAGGGCGCUUCAUCUUGUGUAUCCAUUUGACUGAAUAUUGAGCACUGUCAGCAAAGUUUGACAGAAUAUUGAGCACUUAUGUAUCCA